AUGCACCACUCUCCAAGCUCAGCCGGACCAGAACAUGAAAAAUUCACCGAAUGGGCAAUAUCACAAGGCGUUGAAAUCAAUGGGGUCGCGCCGGCGCAGUUCCCUGGCCAGGGCGUUGGGAUUGCAGCCCAAAGGAACAUUGAUGUUGGAGAGGUGAUCAUAAGGGUUCCAAUCGGCCUGAUGCUGACAACGAAAAGCAUACCCUCAAAAUUCCGGGAAAAAUUCCCAGAUAAUAUUCCUGUUCAAGGAUUGUAUGCAGCGUAUAUAUGUUGUGCAGAAGAGUUCCAGGAGAAAUUUGCCCCAUGGCGAGCUGUCUGGCCUUCACGGCAAGACUUCGAGGAUACGCUACCCAUUCUUUGGGCCCAGCGUCUCAAGGGCAUUAAAACCUCUGGUCCCUCUUACCCAUUGCUUCCUUCGUCCAUCUCCGGUUCGUGGAACACAAUAGCGAAAAGACCCAUAAAGUGUGCAUACACAGCAGAACAUCAAAAUCUCUUACCAGAGCAGGAAAAGCGCUUUGACAAGGCAUAUCGGGUCAUCAAGCAGGUCUUUCAAGAAAUUGACAAAGAUACUUACACAUACUACUGGCUUAUUGUAAAUACGAGAUCGUUCCACCAUAUUCCUGUGGGCACAUCGGCGCCUGAAGAUCGCUAUGAUGCCAUGGCACUCUGCCCCUUCGGGGAUUAUUUCAACCAUAUAGAUGAGGGUGGUCUGGCUAGGACACGUCGUAAUGAACUUACUACUGAUGGAUGGAUGAACAGUGUGAGGUUUCUUUCAACGACGAUUUCUAUACUUUCAAAACGUCCAGGGCUUACGGUAUCGUCUUUCUCUCCAGAUAUGGCCAAGUAUGAUACACUAUAUCAGAAAGGAGAGGAGAUAUUUAUUUCGUAUGGCAAUCAUUCGGGCGAUGUGCUUCUGACCGAUUGUGAGUUUCACAUUGAUUCAUUGGGAAAAACUAGCUACAUGUCGAAAGCUAUAUGUGAACGCGUGAAAGCUUAUAUCACAAAAGAUGGAUUUAUCCCCGCCCAGAAUAAAUGGGAUGACCUGUUCCUAGAUGACAUAAUUCUCAAAGACUUCUCCUCCAAAGAUAUCGAAGCUCUCAGAAUUGACAGAUAUCUUGGGUGA